AUGGCGAUGUCAGCUGGAGGGAGCAGCUUGGAGGAAGAUGUGAUCCGAGCUCGAGCGCUGGUCAGCACAGACUGGCUGCAAGAACACCUGGAAGAGGUGACCAUCCUGGACAUUCGCGGCGAAGUUGAGAAGCUACCCGCCGAAGCUGAUUUCGUGCAAACGGUGUACCGACCAUGCAAGGAAGACUUCCUCAACGGCCACAUUCCUGGAGCAGAGUUCGUAGACUGGACUGCGGAUAUUGUCGACCCUCAGUCACUCGUCCCUGUGCAGCUCAGCCCAAAAGAUUUGUUCGAGGCCGCCAUGGAAGAAAGGGGAGUCUGCAAUGACAACACUGUAGUGGUCUAUGACAAUGGGAACAUGCUGUUUGCAACGAGGUUAUGGUGGGCUCUGACAUACUACGGUCACAAAGAUGUUCGAAUACUCAACGGUGGUUGGAAGCGCUGGUGUGCAGAAGAAAGAGACAUUAGCGUCGACACUGAAUGCCCCCUCAAGAAAUAUGCUGAAUUCAACGCCAGAGUGGAACUGCCUUCUUUGAGGUGCGUGGCCUCGGACAUGAGAGAGGUAAUCAAGAAAACAAGCGAUGCGUGCAUAGUCGAUGCCCGCAACGCUGCGCAGUUCACUUCGAAAGAGCGCCGGGCUAAGAGGUCUGGUUGUAUUCCUGGAGCGACGAACAUUCCUUACAAGCGACUUAUCAACAAAGAAAUGGGAGGAUACCUCAGGUACUGUAACGGCGGGGUUGCAAGCACUGCUGUUCUAUUUGCGCUUUGGAAGCUUGGAAUCCCUCUUUGCAACCUGUCGAACUACGACGGAUCAUGGGGGGAGUGGGGAAAUCAGGAAGACGAUGAGCUUUAUCCCGUCGCCCGGACAUAA